CUCGAACCCGUGUGGUGCCAACUCACAGUGUACAAACAGCCAGGGCUCCUACCAGUGUGUGUGUGAUGGUGGCUACAUGCCCAAGAUACUCAAUAACACCUUCACCUGCAGAGACAUCGAUGAAUGCAUCUCGAACCCGUGUGGUGCCAACUCACAGUGUACAAACCGCCAGGGCUCCUACCAGUGUGUGUGUGAUGGUGGCUACAUGCCCAAGAUACUCAAUAACACCUUCACCUGCAGAGAUCAAGGAGAUAUAGUGGCAGAAUCAAAUUGUGAGAAGAUCCCAGCUGAGUGCCUCGUAGACAUUUUGAUCGAUGAAAUCCAUAGCAAGGAAGGAAUAUCUGAAACUUUUGUGCCCGCGGUAUUGGACCGGGUCCCAGAGCUACUGAACAACAUCUCCAGUGAUGCCAGUGUGACAACAAAGAAGAAGAUCGACUACGUCAACUCUGUGCUUCAAGGCAUGGAACACCUGCUAUCUGAUGUGACGUCUGCCAAUGUAGCUGAUGUGAAAUACUACACAGUCAACACAACAUUAUCUGAGCUUCAGGUAAUGAUUGUUGGCCCAGAUGCCAAAGCACAGCUCCCUUCAGUGUCCUUACAAACCACAUGUGCUCAGCUGGACAUAGACCUGUAUGGACUGGCAAAAAGUACAGGUAAGCGACAGCAGACAUCGGCAGCCAUCCUAGUCCUCAAACACAUGGAGGACACCAUUGGAGCCGAUUAUUUCAUCACACGAAGCAGAAGAGGGUCUACAGGAAGUGACCUCAAAACAACCAUGAUGUCCAAAGUCAUAUCUGUCAGCCUGACGCCCAACAUAAGUCUAAUAGAUCCGGCCAGUUUGACAUUAAGGCAUUCACAUGAGGCGGAUCCACUGGGCCAGAUGUCCUGUGUCUACUGGAACGGCAGCGCCUGGUUGGUGGAUGGCUGUGAUGUCACCCACACCAACUCCACCCACACCGUCUGCACAUGUGAGCACUUCUCCACCUUCAGUCUGAUCAUGCAGACAGAGCGCCCCCCAGAGAGGGAGUUGAGCUUGCUGUACGUGAUUGCUGAGUCGGUGGGCAUUGUGUUCCUGACCUUGACCUUGUUGACCUUUGCCCUCUGCGCCCGCGACCUUGACAUUGGCCCAGAGGUCACCAACGUGGCUCGCCUCAACCUCUCCAUCAGUCUCCUGCUCGCUCACCUACAGCUGCUUCUGGUGCAGCAAUACAUCGACCUUAUACACCCUCAGAAGUGGCUGUGCAGAGUUCUGUCGGGCCUCCAGAACUUCCUGUUGUGGAGCGGGUUCCUCUGGGUGAAGAUGGACAUCCUGUUGCUUUUCAUAUCCAUCAAGGCUCUGCAGAAAACCUUGAGGGCGGGACCAAGCACUGGACACCUGUGUGUGAUUGGGUACUUGCUGCCAUUGGUGCUUAUCGGUGACGCUGUUGUUCUAGUGCCUGAUGGAUAUGGCACUGAAUGGUGUGGCGUGAGGACUUACCGUGGCUUGUCCUGGAUUUUGCUGGGUCCUGCAUACUUCAUUUUCCUGGUGAGCCUGAUAAUUCUGGUCAUGGUCGUCAUCAGCCUCUGCCUUGUGCCUGCCUCAAAAAACUCAAUAAGGAACAAAAUCAGUAUCCAGGCGGUGCGGGUGUUCAGCCAGUUCGUGGUGAUCUCGUGCCCCUGGGUGGUGGGCUCCUUCUGGGCUGGAGGCAGCAGUGGCCUCCUGGACAUCUUCUUCCUCAUCCUCUCCUCCCAGCAAGGAACCUUCCUCUUCCUCAUCCACUGCCUCACUAAUCCACAGGUGCUGUGUCUAUGGAGAAGACAAUGCCAGAAUUUGUUUGCCUUGUCACCAAAACCUUUACACAACAUGUAAAGAGAGGUUGCCAUGCCUUUGCCUGUUCCUUACACGCACACAUGCACGUGAUGCACACACAUAA